GACUCCUCUGAGGAAUAAGCUGAACGCCAACAUGCACCUGUGGAACCUGGACUCCAGCGUCUUGCACAACCUCCAGGAUGUUUUGGAGAUCGAAUUCCCGUCACCCGCCACCCACGACAAAUCUCGUUUCAGCACUGAGUGUGGGAUCUGUUACUCCUAUCGUCUUGAAUCGGCCGUCCCUGAUCAGGUGUGCAACGACCCCCGCUGUGGCCAGCCCUUCCAUCAGGCCUGUCUGUACGAGUGGCUGCGAGCGCUCCCCUCCAGCCGGCAGAGCUUCUACAUGGUCUUCGGAGAGUGUCCUUACUGCAGCAAGCCCAUCACGGUGAAGAUGGCCCCCCAGCAGUGCUGAGGACGCACAGCGCCACGAAGAGCAGGACACCCACGUACACCAGCCAGGUCAACGGGCCGGCUUCCUGUUCCCGACCCCCCCCGUUCACCGGA